UGGAAACAGAGCAAUUGUCAUUCCGUGCGCUCAAGUCAUUGUUUCGGGAGCUAAAAUGGAGGUUUGUAUUAUGCAUUCCAUUAUACAUCCCAGCAUGAACCCUGGCAAUCAGAGAGGGCAAAUAACGAUUAAUCUUGCGGCCGGUGGCUGCUAGUCCGCACCUUUUUCAAUUACUGAACCGCUGCUCAGUAACAGCUCCAACUUAAAUGCACGGCUUUUGUGCGAUUGGUCCUUUUUACCUGUAAAUUAUUUGCUGUAGAUUCAUUGUAAUUGACUUUUUUUUUUUUGAUAGCAUAGGAGACUGAAUAAUGGUAGUGUUUUUUGUUUUUUUUAGAUAUUAUCUAGCAUUAUCAGUGCAGGUUCAGUGAUCUGAUAGAGAGGACAGUUUGUGGGUUGAAGUUUCAUAAUAGAAGAACAGGAACAUUGGAAAGGCAUAUGAUAGUACAGUAGGCAGGGGAAGCGUGUGAGUGUUUGCUGCCUCGGGAUGAACGGAUGUAAUGUGCGCAUCCAUGCAGCGCAGCACAGGAGAGGGAGGGUGAGGAGAGGCAGCGCAAACAUUCACACGCGCAGCGCUUAUCCAGAAGCAUAAACCAAAAAAUAAUACAGUAAAAACACAGCGACCGCACGGCUGGAGACAGAAGCAGCAGCAGGGGAAAAAGCGACCAUCCGCUGGCUGAACUUUCCCGGAGAUUCCGCGUGUGCACUCUCCCAGACUGCGCCCUGGACACUCGCUCUGCAGGCACAAAAGAAGGUGGAAGAUGGACGCGGCUGGCGGUGCUGCUGGGAGGCGUGAGGACUGCAGAGUGUGAGCGGAAAUCAUACGGAUGCUGACUACAGACCCUUAUCCACCAAUCCCACUGGAUUCCUGUUUGAUGGAAAUACAUUGUCUGGAAAAUAUUUCCGACAAAUCAUGAAGGACAAAGGCUUCAGAUCUUUUCAGUGGAGUAAUGUCUGAAGAUAAGUAAAGGGAGGCAUUUGCUCUGGCCUCUAGCUCGGUAGUCUGAUUACCCAGAGACUGCCUGCUUCCAGAGGCUUUUCUGCUUCUCUUUGGCUGUGGAGGGGAGGAAAUGAGCACUGCAUGAGAAAUCACUGUUGUGGAUUACUGAGGAUCAAGCCAGACCAAGACCCCCUGAUCAGUAAUGGGAACUGUUAGGAGGAAUUACACCUGAAACUUGACUGAAUUACCGAAAGCCAAAAAGUAACCUUUAUGCUGUUGGAGUAUCACUUCUGACAUGUAUAUCAGUUUUCCGGUGUGUUAUUUUAACCGAUCCACUCUUCCACCAACGUAGUGAAACAAAGGAGUGAUGUAUACAUAAAUGGUUAUCUGGCUGAAGAAGCAACAAAAAUGAAUAAAAAAUCAGGAGAGACUGAAGGCCAUUUUUGCACCAUUUACGGCAGUUGAAUUCCCCCUUUUCUGGAGGAAAAAAGGAAUAAAUCUCUGCACCUCUGGCACACUGACAAUAGCUGCUGCUCCAGAGACCACAUUUGCCCUGUUAGCUUAUCAUCUCUUAUUUUGUUUGCCUUGUUUCCCUGCUGCCUGGCACCUGUAAUGUUCCAUCGCCUUUGUGCCCAUGUAAAACCAUGCCAGUGCCUGAGAUGGCUGUAAGUCCUGUGAAAACUUUGCAAUGGGAGGUCUUCCCCCCAAUGGCUACAUGCCGAGUCUACUGCACUCCUGUGCUGUGGGGCGGCCGCCUGUAUGUGAUGGGGGGCUGCAGCGAGAGUGGAAUGCCUCUGGACUCUGUAGAGGUCAUGGACUUAGAGAGCCAAAGCUGGUGUCAGCUCCCCCCAUUGCCCACUGCCAGGGCGGGGGCUUCGGCUGUGGCACUGGGGGACCAACUGGUGGUGAUGGGGGGCAUGGACGCUCAGCAGAGCCCACUGGCAUCAGUGGAAGUCUACCACCCUGACGAGGGCAAGUGGGAGAGGAAGACUGGACUGGGACAGGCAUCAAUGGGCAUAACUGCCUUGGAGAUAGAUGGAAAAGUGUACGCGCUGGGGGGUAUGGGUUCUGACACCACUCCGCAGGCACUGGUGAGAGUCUAUGAGCCAGUUAAGGAUCAGUGGCUGUCCCUGGCCUCCAUGCCCACUCCCCGCUAUGGAGCCUUCUCCUUCCUGCGUGGCAACAAGCUCUAUGUUCUCGGUGGGCGUCAGGGCAAGAUGCCGGUGACAGCGUUUGAGGCCUUUGACCUGGAGAUGAAGAGCUGGACGCGCUACCCAUGCAUCCCAAGCCGCAGGGCCUUCUCUAGCUGCGCCGCCACAGAGCGUGCCUUCUACAGCCUAGGUGGCCUGCAGCAACCCGGCCCUCACAACUUCUACUCUAGACCACACUUCGUCUCCACUGUGGAGGAGUAUGACUCUGAACAGGGUGUUUGGCUGAAGCCCACGAGAAGCUCCCGGAUGAGAGAAAAGCGGGCGGACUUCGUGGCCGGCUGUCUCGGUGGAAGGGUGAUUGUUGCCGGGGGGCUGGGUAAUCAGCCUUCUCCGCUGGCCUCAGUAGAGAGUUAUAAUCAUGUGAAGAGAAGGUGGGAGGCUGUGGCUCCCAUGCCCACCCCGCGCUGCUCCUGUACCCCUCUACAGACCACGAACAUGCUAUUCCUAAUUGGAGGCGUAUCACAGGGUCCCAGCAAUGCCGUAGAGGCCCUCUGUUUGCAAGAAAGUGUCUGACACACCAACCUGUUCUCUUGCACCUAUAAAGAACUUGUGCUGGACUCUGCAGGGAUUACAGACAUGCAGAUGAAACUGCAGAGUCCUGCUCCGCCUGAGUCCUCCUCCCACGCACAGCUGACAGUUCAGUGGAGACAAUCUACAGGAGUCUAGACAGCAACAUGAAUCUCUGGAUGGACUAAAGACUUUGAAGUCUCAGACAAGCAAGCAAAAAAAAAUCUCUAUGUACACACAGAACUACACAGGCAGAGGUGCAGAUGCCUUUGAACUGUACAGUGUUUUUCACAAUCAAAGCAGGGUACUUUUCUGGCUAAAUUCAAAAGGAACUUAGGGCCAUAUCCACCACGCUGCCGCAGAGUUCACCUGCAGUAGCACGUUUAGCACUUUUUCUAUUGCAUUAGGGAAAAAGCAAAGACGGAGUGGAUCUUUGCAAGAGUGGAGGCGUUUGUCUGUGCGUUUUUGUACCUUCACAGCCAUGCAUGUGUGAAAUUCAGCACUAUUAUUCUUAGAGCGAGAAGAACAUGCCGCUAAUGGUUAAUAAUUGAUGCCUGUGCUGUAGCAUGUUAUGGUAUGGUUUUAAGGCAGUAAUGGAGACAGAGUGAGUCUAGGAAGUAUCAGAGCCCCACAUAGUGCAUUUAGAACUUUAAAAUUACCACAUUUAGCAUAUCCGUAAUACUCCCUAAAUGAGUACUUGGCAUUAAAGGUGAUGGUUUCGGUGAGUGGAUUACAAGUAACAUCUUCGAGGCAGGUUUCUGAAAGUGUAGAAGGGAGCAGCAUGAUGCUGGUGUCAUGCCAUGUAUACAGUUGGUCUUAAUGGAAAAUAGAAGUUUUUUUAAACAGAACUAAGGUUAUCAUGUGAAUGCUCAGAUCAAAACACAAUCCUUUUAGGUAAUAUACACACAUUUACUGCUUGGACACAUACACACAAACAUUACACCACAUUAUUACAUUGUACAUGUACAUCACAAUAUUACAUAUUAUUUCACCAUGGAUUAAUUGAAAGUGGCAGAAGGCUAAUGUGCAGGUAUAUUAUGCAUAGUAGAAGGAGGUGGAAAUAGUGGUGGCAACACCUAAGAGCCCUAAAAUUCAAAGGCUGACUGAUGAUUGGCUGAUGAAAAAGUUGCAGUCAAAUAUACUAUACAAACUACAGCUGGCAGCAGGAAUGCACAUGUAUUCUGGCCCUGAAUGACAGGAAAUAUCUCCCUAUAACAGAAAGUGGCAGUAGUCUGUACUAUUAAAUUUUAAAGAAAGAAAACCUUAAGACCACAAAAAAAAAACCUGUUCCGAAUUGCUUACUACUGUUUUAAAUAGUAUGUCAAAAUAGUAUCAGUGUGUUGUCAGUAUCAGUAUCUAUAGUGGUGUACUAUAUACUUUGACAUACUAUUUAGUGCAGUAUUAUGUAGUUGGGGAUGUAGCAUGCCACUGUGAAAGAGCUUCCCUGGAAUGUAAACAGUGCUCGGUCAUUUAAUUACAAAAGUAUAGCUAGCUACAGCUGAUGAGCAGAAGUUGAGACACCUUUUUUAUUGUCAUGAAAGGGUUAUUUAUUUGCUGUACGUUCAAUUCUGUUUCUUUGAAUGGACACUGACAAAAGGGACAAGGCAAAAACUACAGGGCCGUCAUGGACCAGUGUGAUUAGCUUCGGCUUUUAUGGCCCUGAGGCAUUAUAAUACCCCAGGCUUGUCUCACAGCCCACCCUUAACAGGAUGCCUGGUGCCUGAUAAUAAGACACAUACAUAUUCAUACUGUCAUAUUUAGACUGUCUCUAGGGUUUACUGCUGCCUCACAGUCAUGUCUGUCUGUAAGGAAGGGUUAACUGUCUCAGACGAAUGCUGUGUGGAUGACGAAGACACUCAUUUACCUCCAGCAUUCGAGCGACACAUGGCCUGCUGGCGAACGUGAUGAUCAAAGAACCAUGCACAUAUGGUCCAUGCACACAUGUACACACCCACUCUUACCAAGCACGUCUUGUUUGUUUAGAUUUACACGUCCCUAAUGAGACAACUGUGAUAGUCUUCAGGCUGUAGUCUUUUGCAGCAUGUCAUAGUAGAAACUUGAUAGCUCAUGAUGGCACUUUACACUCUGCCUGGGCAGAGAUAGCAUGGAAACACAUGAGAAUGCGUGUACAAGGAAAAAGUGCUACUUCUACUUCUAGAAAAGGACGGCUUGUUUUUGUCGUCCUGCUUCACCAUCACAAGCUCUACUGCACUACAAAGGCAAAGCAUACUUCUUGCAUUGUGCAUUGUGUUUGGCUUGAAUAAGGUUUUGACAGAAUGUGACAGCCUCUGGGCACUGUACAGGCAGGGGGUGUAUGAGUGCAUUAAUUAGAUGAUGUUGAAAGAGAUAUACCUCUUUUUUUUUACACUUAUGGUGAAACAUGACCUAUCAGUGCAAUGUAUUACAGUCCACUAUUCUGAACACGCAUAUAUCUUAGUUACAGUCCAAGUAGGAGCAAUAUUACUUUAUUUCUAAGCAUCUGGUUUUAGAGAGCCUAGUGGUAGUGAUAUAAAUGAAUUAGACAAUUUUAUUUUACUAGAUGAUCUCAUUGAGCUUGAAUAUAUUGGCCCACUGAAUUUCUAACACAAGGAACACAAGGUGUAAAGAUCACCUUAAUCUUGAGUAGCAGUGUUGCUGUGAUUUUGACCAUGUUUUCUUAGUCAUACAUAUUUCCCUGUGGUGAAUCUCUAGUUUGAACCAGUGGUUUUAAGUCAGCUUUCCCAGUGCUUUGUGUUUGGUUGGUCUACAUGUUUGUUUUGUUCAUCUGUGAUGUGAUAAGUUGUCAUUGUUCACCCUUUUCUGAAGAGUUGUGGUGCUGGGUCUGUCCUUUUCUCUGUGAUGCUGUGUUUUGACAUUUGUAUUUGGUGUGUAAGUGCAGGUUGUGCUAGCUGAUGGGUGCUGAUGGUGUCUGACAUGACAUUCCGGUACCACAUUCCAGAGCACAGCUGAGUAUGUACCUCCUAUUCAGAAAACCUGCCAAAGAGGACCUCAAUCAAAGAACAAAGAAAAUACCACUAUAAAAAUAGUUGUCUAGAGGAUAUAUAGUGUAUAGUGUAUAGUGAAAGGGUGUGUAAAAUGUGCAGUUACAAUCUCCCACUAGAGAACAGUUUUAUAUCUCCAAGUCUGUGCCUGUAGCAGGCUUUCGCUGUGUUUACAUUAGAAAUAAUGAAAGCCUAUGGUACAAACAGAUCCAGUACACCUAAAGAAGAACAUAGACAUUAGUCCUUAUUCAUCAAAGUUGUGUUAUUGCUCAUACUACAAGAGUACGCAAAUUCCAACUUCUCCGCGGAAAUUCCCUUUUCAUCAGUUUGGUGUAUCUGUACAAAACUCUUGGCUGCUCAGAGUCUGCAUACAUUUGAGAGCGACAUUUUAACAACCUGAACAAUGCUUGAUUUGCAGUUAAAUUAUUGACAGUAGCAAGUACAUUAUGGUAGAAUAGCAUAAGUAACAGUAAAAAUAAAAUAAUAUUCAUAAUCAGUUGUGCACACGGGCAUCUUGUUGCAGCAGCACAACACAUAAAAUCAUGCAUAUACAGGUAAGAGCUUCAGUUUGAUGUUCACAUCAAACAUCAGAAUGGGGAAAAAAUGUGAUUUCAGAGAUCACGACAGUGGUAUGAUUGUCGCUGCAAGAUGGGCUGGUUUGAAUAUUUCAGAAAUUGCUGAUCUCUUGGGAUUUUAAAGCAGAACAGUUUAUAGAGUUUACAUAGAAGGUGCUUUAAAAAAAUCCAAUUAGCGGCUGUGGAGAGCAUAAAAGGAUCUCAGAAUGCACAACACAGUGGACCUUGAGGCGGAGAUGGGCUACAACAGCAGAAGACGACGAAAGGGUUCUACUCCUGUCAGCCGGGAAGAGGAAAAACAAGAACUGGGCAGUUUCUGUAAGCUUGAGCCUAUUCCUAGCACCAACAACCAUGCCACAAAGUCACUAUUAUCAUAUUUUUCCCCAUUAUAUUUUCACAUGAACAUGAACUGAAGCUCUUGACCUGUAUCUGCAUGAUUUUAUGCAUUGUGCUGCUACAUUAUUGGCUGACUGGUUAUUUGCAUUAACAAGCAGGUGUACAGGUCUUCCAAUUAAAGAGGCUGCUGUUUGUAUAUUAUCACACAUUGAGGUUACAUAAUUUCAUAUCCAGACUAAAACUUGCCAGAUAUGUUUUUAUUUACUUUUGGUAGUUUCAGGGUUUGAUUCAUUUCUUUACACAUUUUGUUUGAAUGAAGUGAUGGCUCACCUACAUUUAAUUAAAUCUUCAGACUUCAGUUAAACCCAACCUAUUCAAGUUCUAAAAUGAAUAAAAAAGCCUAGCUACAAACAGAGUUGGUAGGAAAGUUCGAAAAUGGUCCAUUGUCCUACCUAAUUUGAAAAGUUAAAGUUUAUUUAAAAAAAAAACACACACACACACUUCCAUGUCUACACUUCUACAUACAAUUACAUUAAUAAUAAUAAAAAAAUAAUAAUAAAUGAAUGCAAAACACAAAUAUAUUGGACCAUAAGUUCUUCUACUGAAACUAGCUAGUUGGUUUUUCUUCAUUUCAAGUUUUCAUUUUUUGCACACUUUUUUAGGAUACCAACAGCAACCUUGGACACAAGCACCGUUAACUCAGCUUCACUGAAAAGUAUUUUCUCCUCUCUGUACUUUUCCCAAUUCUAGCCAGCUGAAUGCUUCCCUUCUAUCAGCUCACUAUCACAACGCCUGAAUAAAUUAGGGUGUUUUACGCAGCUGUGGUUGAAUCAUCAGCUGAGUUUGAGUCAUCAUUUGUGCUCAAAUCACCAUUUCUUUUGAUGUCAUACACUUGUAUGAAUCAAAUUCAGAUUUGCUUGAGCAAAUCUCAAAUCUCUGCUCGUUUCUUUGCGACUUUGAUGAAUAAGGCCAAUGCAUUUUUAGUGUUAUGCUGCUUUCAUUAGCAGGACUGUUAACCCUGCAGGUUAAACCUGCACACUGAACUUCAUUGUAACAGACCUAUUAAUAGCAGAACAUUCUUCUCAGAGGUUUUUCUAAUAUGAAUUAUGAAUAUGAAUUAGCAUUAAUGGUAUAGGAGCAGGAGCACUAAUAUCCCUACUCUCUCCUGGAUCAUAUUUCCAAUAUGCUCAUACUCUUCUGACAAUCAAUCAAUCUGAAGCAAUUUUAAAUGAAACCAUCUAAACUGGUAUCAAUCUUGACUUUUUUAAAGACCAUUAAACUUAUUCAGCCAAAGGCAUUAAUUUGUACUUGAGUAGAAAGGCAACACUUGUCUAUGCUCGGGCAGUUAAUGAAGACCACCACUGGGGCUGUGGCACAUGUGGCAGGUUUGAUUUAUCACUUUACUUACUUUAUAUGGAGAAGCUACAAUAGGCAGCUUCAUGACGUCAAGAAAUUCAGAAUCACAAUUUGAAGAGUAGCAAUUUUACAUUGUAGAGAAGUGGCCUAGUGUUAGAUAUUCUUCUAAUCCAUUGUUGUGCUUUACCUAAUAUGAGUCCAUGGAGACUGAAGUUUCAAAGUGGUAUCAAGAAAAAACAAACUUGAAUGUAACAGUCACAUACAACAUUGUCCUACAGUAUUUAAGUGAACCUAAUUCCUCAUUAAUGACAGACCAACUAAUUAACCCCUCCAUUUUCCAGUGCAUAUUGUAAAAGCAUAUCAUACACAAACCUUCACUCAGACUGGCAUAGUUGCUGACAGUGCUCUGGGAUAACACAAGUUCGUGCAAGUUUGUGCCAGCGGCUCCAGUCCAGUAGUUCAGUGCCUAUAUAUGUGAGAUAGUGCCUCUACUAUGACUCCUCUAAUAAAAGAUUUGACCAUUGCUGUCCAAUACUGUUUUACUGUGUGCCUCUGUUUUGCCUCAUUUCUUUCCCCUAAUUUCAGCUGAACGUGACAGCAGCCCCGUCACGUGCCCCGGACCAUGAAUACAUCUGGCCAGCACACAGAAAAUCUGACAAAUGGAUUGUGCUCAAAUGUCACAACCAUUCAUUAUAGAUGAAGUAGAAACCACCAGAACAUCUUCAAAGGUUGCCAUGGGCUAUUGUAAGAGAGGCGCAAAUGAUUUUCUGGCCUUGCUACCUUGCCUGUUAUUGCUUCGAUUUAUGACUCCACAUUCAGCAGCCUGGCAGUUGAGGGUCAUAUUAUAGAACAGAUUUUCUUUUUUUGUUACUGUGUUUACUGUGUGUAGAAGUAUUUUUAUACUGCCAGC